CACACUGGUCUCGUCUCAAACGCCUUUAUUCGUUCUAUCGCAUCACAAUAUUCACAAUCGUCUCGUCGUCGUCGUCCUAAGCUAAAGUCAGUCACCACAUAUCUUAUCAGUUUUGCAUCGUUUUUUAGGUGUUGCUAAAUCGUUGUUAUCCAGUCUUGUUUCGUUGGCUCAACCCAUUAGCAGCGAUUCACAUCAGUGCCGAGCACUUUCGGUUUGGAUUGUGAUUGUGAAGCGACUCUUCACGGUCUUCCAUUAUUAUCGAGAGCAUAUCCCCAUCGAAGCGCAGGAAAAGAAAAUGAGCGAAGCACAGAUCUGCGACAUCAGCCCCGAAGCCAAAGAGGAGAUUAGCAAGUUUCGAUUCCGACGGAAUGCCACCAACACCGCCCUGAUUUUGAAAAUCGACCGCGAGAAGCAGCUGGUCACGGUUGACGAACUGCUGGAUGAUGUCUCGGUCGAAGACCUGCAGGAACAGCUGCCCAGCCACCAGCCCCGGUACAUCAUCUACAGCUACAAAAUGGUGCACGACGAUUCGCGGAUAUCGUACCCGAUGUGCUUCAUCUUCUACACCCCGCGAGACAGCCAGAUGGAGCUGUGCAUGCUGUACGCCAAAACGCGCAUGGCCCUGCAGCGGGAGGCCGACCUGACGCGGUAUUACGAGAUUCGCGAGCUGGACGACAUGACCGAAGAUUGGCUCAAAGAAAAACUGAAAUAAGCUUGGUACAACAGUCUCGCCGAAAGACGUUAGGAUAAUUUCGAACAUUUUCACAUCGUGAAAUCAGUGAUUUUGGAUUGAAUUCGCUGGGAAACAACACCCAUUGCAUUUUGCAUUUAGGACGAAGAAGACACGAGCAAUGCGUUUUAUUUUACUACAAACAUUAAUCAGACACAUCGCAUGACUAAUCAAUUGUGAUUAUCGCAUUUAAAUUUAAUAUCAAUUGGCUGUUUUAUAAAUCCCGGCAAUACAAGUUUAUAUGCUAGCUGUUAGAGGUUAAACAAGCGAGCCAAAAGACACUUUCAAUUAAGCUUUUAAGGAAAAAUGCUUGAAUAUCCUGUUUGAAUUUGCGUUAAACAACCAUAUUUUAUGAUGUCAAUUGGUUUAAUACGGAUGCUAUUCAGAUCGAUCAUACCAAAUGAAUAGAAUUUUUCGUUACUACUUCGACGAACAAGAUCUCUCCGAGAUUUUAACGAUAACCAUCGUAAUUAGGUUUGUCUAGUUGUAGUUUUAUGUAUUACCGAAUAUCGAUAAGCUAGUAUGCAAAAACAUAAUCAACAAACAAUCACAGGCCGAAAUAUGUGUAUAAGCUUAAUAAGAGAGUACAAGAUAAUAUUGGUAUACCAAUAGUAGAGUAAUGCUUGACAAAACAUGGUAAAUUCGAUAACUUCUAUUAGGUAUAUAUUGGAAUAGCAAUAAUAGAAGCCGCAUCUAAGCCGAAAAUGAA